CAAAAAGUCUUUUUGACUGCCUUUUUAACGUGAAGUCCCCACUUGACACGUAAGCUGAGAACCACCCGCAGAGUACCAACCAGUAAAAACGACACAGUUUCUCUGUUUUGUACUCUCGAGAAAGUGAGGAGAAGCUUUCGCCGCACACCGCCUGAGAAAUAACAAAAAAGAGAAGAAGAGAGUCUGAUUCUCAGAGACCUUCUUCUUCCUCGUCGAAUCAGUUUCUCGUCUCUACGGCGAGAAUCUGGUACUGCGUAGAUUCCUUUCCCCGACGUAUAUCUCUCUAUCUAUAAAUUCGAGUAGACGCAUCGCAUAAUAAUAAUAAUCAACGAAUGGCGUCGCUAGCUCUGACUUCUCCUCCCGCCGUUAAGGUUCCGUCGUACCUUGCCUCCACGUCUUCGUCUCUAUUCUCCCGCUCCUCCUCGAUUUCCUUCAGCGCCAUUGAGUCUCCCUGCGUUUCCAAUUCCGCGAAAUGCAAUUUGGCCAAGGCACUGAAUGUUGGCAACGGGAACGCUAGUAUUCCGAUAAUCAAUGGGACGACACUUCCAAAGUACUUUGAUUCUUCUUCUUCUUCCCGGUUGGAGAAACCAGUCAGUAGUAGAGCCAACACAAAGCUCAAGCUCUUCUCUGGUACUGCAAAUCCUGCACUUUCUCAGGAAAUUGCUUGGUAUAUGGGCUUGGAGCUCGGCAAGAUUAGCAUCAAGCGGUUUGCUGAUGGAGAGGUCUACGUUCAGCUCCAAGAGAGUGUUAGAGGCUGUGAUGUCUUCUUGGUCCAGCCUACUUGCACUCCAACUAAUGAGAAUCUCAUGGAGCUUUUGAUCAUGGUCGAUGCUUGUCGUAGAGCUUCCGCUAAGAAAGUUACUGCUGUUAUUCCCUAUUUUGGAUACGCUAGAGCUGAUAGAAAGACACAAGGGCGUGAAUCCAUUGCUGCGAAACUGGUAGCAAACCUUAUAACAGAGGCAGGUGCGGAUCGGGUCCUUGCAUGUGAUCUUCAUUCAGGACAGUCCAUGGGUUAUUUUGACAUACCUGUGGAUCAUGUCUAUUGCCAGCCUGUGAUACUAGAUUAUCUUGCUAGCAAGUCAAUUUCAUCAGAGGAUUUGGUUGUGGUUUCUCCUGAUGUUGGUGGAGUAGCUAGGGCUCGUGCUUUUGCCAAGAAACUAUCCGAUGCUCCUCUUGCCAUUGUCGAUAAGAGACGCCACGGCCACAAUGUUGCUGAGGUUAUGAACCUAAUAGGUGAUGUUAAAGGCAAAGUGGCAGUAAUGGUGGAUGACAUGAUUGAUACCGCUGGAACCAUUGUGAAAGGAGCAGCUCUUUUGCAUGAGGAGGGUGCUCGUGAAGUUUACGCUUGCUGCACGCACGCGGUUUUCAGUCCGCCUGCUAUAGAGCGGUUAUCGAGCGGUUUGCUGCAAGAAGUGAUAGUGACGAAUACUUUACCAGUAGCGGAGAAGAACUACUUCCCGCAGCUAACGAUAUUAUCGGUGGCUAAUCUUCUGGGUGAGACCAUUUGGCGUGUCCAUGAUGAUAGCUCCGUUAGUAGCAUUUUUCUUUGAUGCUUCCUUGGUGUUUAAGGUUUUAGGAUGGGGUUCUUUCUUCUCUUCACACUUUCUACAGCCUAACUAUGUUUUGAUUCUCUCUACCCCAAACUUCUGUCACUUGUCUGAGUUGUACCCUUUUUAUUUUUAUUUAUGAGCUUAGUAUUACCAAUAAGUAUAAUAAAUUGUUGGAGUUUUGAUUACA